UUAACAACAAUUUCCAAUUAUAUCUCCUUCUAUGUUACAGAAAUUGCUAGAUACCAAACAAAAUCAACAUAAGCAUCCGUGUGUAAUGCUGGUGGUAGUCAUCGUUAUUGGAAAAUUAAUCUGUUCCCCUUGAUCGGCAUCAAAUUUGUAUGUGUGUUGUGUAAGUGCGCUCAAGCAACCAAGCAUGACGUCUCAGGCUCAGAACGAAGAUGUCGUUAGGAUUAGGUGGAAUUUGAAGGGAUCCGAUUGUUCGUGUGAUCACACAAUUAUGUAGCCAUCGUAGCCGUGGCAUGCAUUUUCGAUUAGCUCGCAAACCGUGGCGGCAACCGCACGGAAGACUCAUGUUGUAGUAAUGCAUUUUGAUUGUCAUUUUUGCUGUGGAAAUUCCUGGAUAGUGGAACAGAGUGAUAUAUUGGUAAAUUACAUUGACAUUGUUGUAUGACAUGUUAUAUACUUUGGAGCUUUUCUUGAGCAAAAAAGCGACAUUUUUGCAAACUCUGCUCUUUAUUAUUUCUUCCUCUUUAAUUUCCUGGGGUUUAAAUGCCUAAAUCAACUCCAUUUUGACCACAGAGCUUAACUCAUGGUGCGAAAUAUGUUGUUCCCGUACCACAUUACUUAAUCGUCAUUUUUCACUCGAUUAAUUCCACAUACUGUGUCCACCCUCGGUGAGUCGUCGUCACAUUCACCGUCAUGGAUCUGUUGCGCACGUUUGCUAGCGAAUCCUCGAUCCACGGGCUGGCCCACCUGGUGCGAAGCCCACACUGGCUAGAGAAAGCCUUCUGGCUGACGGUGCUGGCCUGCUCGGUCGUCUGCUCGGUCAGCAUCUGCAACAUGCACUGGGAGCGGUUCCAGAACAAUGCCACCGUGCUGAACGUCGAGACGGACUAUCUGAGCUGGAACUUUCGACCACCGGCCGCCACCGUGUGUUCCGAGCACGUGAGCGAGGAAAAGCUUAACCAACUGAUCGAACGAUACUGGCAGAUGGACAGCAAUCACAGUGCCUACGAACACUAUCGCAAUUUCCUGCUGACAGUUAAUCGAGCACGAUUUGACAACCUGGCCUUGUUUGAACCAUUCGUGAACGAUAGCAGGUUGCAGUCGGUUUCGGUAGUUGAUUUGGCCCGGGAGCUAAAGUCCCCGCUGACGCCACCGUGGAAAACGUUUGCACCCGUGCUGACGGAGGUAGGCGUUUGCUACUCAUCCACCAUGCUGUAUGCCUUCCAGAGCCCGUACAGCGAUCGAUCACAGGCUAAUUACACGAAGGCACGGCCGGCCGAUUGUUACACGCUGGACGUCUGUCGUACGAUGGUUGCGAUGAGUCAUGUCGAUUCGGUUCGCACCUAUGUGUAUAUCCACAUCGAGCAGGACGUCAUGACACCAGACAACUCCAUCUACUACGCGCUGGAUCAGCACGACAUCAUCAGCUCGUCACUGUCCGUCGAACAGGUGGUUGCCUCGAAAGCGCUCAAGCAGUUAUCCCGCCGUAGGCGCAAAUGUCGACUGCCAUCCGAGAGACUGCCGUACUUUAGCGUAUACACGAUUAAUUUGUGUCGGAUAAAUUGCCGAAUCGAGGCCGCCCUUCACCUUUGCGAGUGUAUCCCUUUCUUCUAUAACAUUGGCAAACCGUCCUGCACGCCAGCCGGACUGUACUGCCUGGGGAAACAGUUUAAGGCGUGGUACAAAACGAACUGCACCUGUCAGCCCCUAUGCGAGUCCGUCUCCUUCAAACAGGCGUUGGUGAAGAAAACGGUGCUGGGGCAAGCGAACAGUAAACUGGAAACGCAAAUUAUCUACCCACGGAUGCGAAUGAAGCGUGACGUACUGUUCGACAUCAGCAACUUAAUCGUCUCGUUGGGCGGCGGUGCAGCACUCUUCCUGGGAUGCAGCUUUAUCAGCUUCGUGGAGGUUAUAUUUUUCGUGCUGGAGUACAUCACCCAAAAGGUUUACCGUCGCUAUCACCGUAACCGGGAAGUAAUUCAACCAUAAUUUUUCAAUUUAAUGGAUCAUUUUGGAAGCUUCGUUAAGGUUUGUUUUACUGCAAGCAUAAUGCAGUGGCUAAAGCGAUGUUGUAAGCAGGAAACGAUUCCCUUUGGGGCGUGAAUGUUACGUGAGAUAUGUUUUAAUCGAUUCAUCUGCUACCGAUGCUGGCAUGAUACACACGUUGAGCUCUUAAAUAAAAAAAAAAUUGGUAUUUCAUGUUACUUUUGUUUCCAGCACAAAAAAAAAAUGUAUUUUUGGUGUG